AUGUUCUUUAUUGUACCAAUUGAGAAAGUCAUCAGAAUAGAGCCUUAUGAGCUUGGCAAGAAUAUCAUUUACAAGAUUAGAAAGAAGUUCGUUUCUAUUUCUUUUACUAAAUCACAAUUAGGGUAGAAGAUAUCACUGUCGGUACAUGCUAGGGAACUUAUGGAUAUAUCAUCCAGAUCGCAAUGUAAAUAUUGGCCAAGAUAUAUUCAUAUUUUUAUAUACUUUAACAUUAACUAAAAAUUGCGCUAUAGUAUGAAGGAUAGAGACAUCUCUGACGGAAGGAUCUAGGAUACAACAGGCGAUGUGAUAUAUAAAGUGAAGUUUAAGGCCUUAGUAUUCCGUCCAAUUAAAGGAGAGGUACUUGAUGGUGAAGUAAUUCACAUUGAUGACAAUGGAUUCAUGAUUGAGUCUGGUCCAUUCAAGUCAUUUAUUUCAACUAUGGUAAUUAAAUUUAUAUUGUCAAAAGUUAUUAAUAGAGAAUCUAAGACUAAUUUGAGUAUGAUAAGGUGCACAAUCUAUUCAUAAAAAGAGAUGACCCAAAUCAAAAGAUUAGAGUUGGAAGUGAUAUUAGGCAUAGGAUUGAACAGAUAAAGUAUGACAAAGGAGAAUAUGUAAGAAAUAUAGUUUUAUUAAUAAAUUCAGACUGCAAUAAGCACAUUAGAUGAUGGAUAUUUGGGACCCUUCUCAAUAUCACUGUGA